GGUAACACUGCUGUCAUGUGUAUCCAAAAUUAACUUGGAGCACAAAAACUCCACACAAGGCCCAUUGUUCCUUAGGCCCUCUUUGUCCCAAGCAAUGCACUAACCCAGUCCACCUGCAGAUCCCGUUGGGCGUCCAAAGUGUGACAAUGACGGCCUUUGAUCCUCCUCAUUACUUGCUGAAAUGGACGGAUUUCCAGUAUUCCCUACUCAACGCUUUAGAUUCGUUGAGAAACGAACCCAGCUUCAUUGACGUGACAUUGAGUUGUGGCGGGCACAAAUACGGCGCUCACCGGGUCCUCUUGGCCGCAUCCAGCCCUUACUUCAAAGACCUGUUCCAAGACAAUGUGGGUUCGCACCCGAUUAUCAUCCUCAGAGAGACCUCACCCAAGGAUUUGGCAGCGAUCUUAGAGUUCAUGUACAAUGGACAAGUCAAUGUGCCGCAAGAACAAGUUCAAUCUCUUUUGAAGACGGCCACUGACCUACAAAUUAAGGGAUUAGCCCAGUACCAGGACGCACCCGGCAAGAAAGGCCCGCCCGCUUUGGGUCCGGGGGGGAAUGGAGCGGGAAGUUUAGGACCCAUAAGUCAGAUCCCGGAGAUGGAACCGCACGAGGUCAAUCAUGAAGAGGUGGUCAUGGAUUUUAAUGAACCCAAGUUGGAACCCGACCUAACAGAUCCGUUACCGAUCACAGUAUUCCCGCUCCAUAACAAAAAAAAUCACACCCGACCUCUGCGCAACAACUUGACCAACCCCGCCCAUGAUGGCAUGACCCCAAGUUUCCCAUCGUCUAAAGGCCCGGGGAUAUUAGCGUGCGGCUACUGCGGCAAGACAUUCAAACGGAGGAACGGCUUGUUGGAUCACGAACACAUGCACAAAGGAACCACUAUUUGCCAUAUUUGCCAACGAGUUUGUUCCACCCGAGGGAACCUCAAACAGCAUCUUCUUAAAAAGCACAAUUUCACGUCGCCAUGAAGCACACAAUGCUUUCGUUUGUCUUGUCAGAAUAAGUUAUUGCAAUAAGAUGAGAAUUAUAUGAU